GAAAUGACCAACUUCGUUUCUGGUGUAAUCACAUAUUAGUAUUACCCGACAGACUAAUGCUUCAAAAUACUCCAAGUACAGUAAGACCUGGUUUUUGCUGAUGUUUCUUACGCAUCUUGAGUCAAGACACCGCCAGGUUUUUCUCGUGAUCGGCGGUGGUAAGGUAACAUUUAAGCUUGAGAGUGCAGCAAGACAGUUUGGCGGCUUGGCGGGCAAGGUUCACGAUCCCCGAGGGUUAGGGUUUUGAGAUGCCCCUUUAUCGUUGCCGGAAUGCCCAGCCACUCUACAAAAAAAAACCCCCCGAAGCUGCAUCAACGGCCGGAAAUCACCAGCUUGGCGGUCUCCUGGCGCAUUUUGAGAGCAAACAAGGCCAUGGCGAAUGCAUCUCACCUGUCAAAAUUUCGAGCUCGAAUUUCCGAGACGGAUCUGAUUGGAAAAUUAUUAGCUACUUGCUACUUAGUCUGCUUCUUUGCUUCUUAUUCUUACUCUUUUUAUCUUUUUCUUUGGUUCGCUUGAUAUAGGUUCCAAGUCUAAUAACAGCUGGUCGGCAAGAGACUUCUGCAGGAUCUGUUCGUACCCCAGACUCUUCCCCGUUUUCUGCACCUACCAAGUGUUCAAGCCCACCCGGAACCCCACUCCACCAAGGAGAACUGAACCAAAUCGAGCAGGACCGUAACAAGCGUAAACAUGCUUCAGGGCUGCGCAUGGAUUCAUCAUUUCAACCCGAUCCACCUCCCAUAAUCGGGUAGGCAGCUCGCUGCACAUCUCAGGGACAAUCCGAUGACGACGAUGGCGUAUAUAAUUGUGCCCUUUGGCGGCUGUUUGCCCGGGGCAAACGGGAGGACAGUGGCCCUCGUUCGCAGCUUGGUCCCAGUCCCUUCGCAACAGCAGCAGCAGCAGCCAUCAUGAAGGCCUUCAUCAUCACUAUCCUCAUUGGCGUUGCCACUGCACUCGACGUUGUCCCUGGCAGCUACAUCAUCCAGCUCAAGCCAGGCACAUCCGCCUCGGCGCACCACCGAGCUGUGCGUUCUCUCCUGCGCAAGCUUGACUCCACAAUCCAGUCUUUCAGUAUCGGCAAAGACUUCAACGCCUACGCGGCCACAGCACUCUCUACCGAGGACGCAGCCGCCCUCUCGGGACGUGAUGAUGUGCUCUUCGUCGAGCCCGACUUUUAUAUCAGUGUACGUCGUCGACACGGGAAUCCGCAUCUCGCAUCAGGAGUUCGAGGGCCGCGCCCGAUUUGGCUUCAGCGGCGUCACAGGCGGCACCGCAUUUGAAGAGGACGGGGACGGACAUGGCACUCAUGUGGCUGGUACCGUAGCGGGCAAGACAUAUGGUGUUGCCAAGAAAGCACAAGUUGUUGCUGUCAAGGUGUUUGGAUCGGAUGGCACUGGCCAAGCUUCAUGGCUUUUGGCCGGCAUUACAUGGGCAGUCAAUGACAUUCUCGCCCGCAAUGCUGUCUCGUCAUCGGUUAUAAACCUUUCUUUGUCGACUAAUGGGCCCUCCACUAGCCUCGAAGGGGCAGUUCGUGCUGCCUGGAAUCAGGGCAUUGUCAGUGUAUCGGCGGCCGGAAAUUCCGACUCGCCUGCAGCAAACCUCAGCCCAGCGCGCAUUGCCGAGACGAUUACGGUCGGUAUGACGCGCGCCGACCGCCGGCGUUCCCAGAUCAUCCCUAACAUCUAUGGAAGCAACUGGGGCCCCGAGUUGGACGUUUUUGCGCCCGGAGAAGAGAUUCUCAGUGCUGGCUGGAGGUCUGACACUGACACGCGUACCACCACCGGUACCAGCAUGGCCACGCCUCUUGUCGCAGGCUUGAUCAGCUACCUGAGGGCACUCGAGGGCGGCCUUGCCAGCCCCAGUAGUGUCAAGGCCAGGCUUGUGGCCUUGGGUCACAAAGGAGUAGUGACAGACCCCAAAGGCUCUCCAAAUGUACUGGUGUACAAUGGAAGCGGCAGGUAGAUGUAUGUGCGUGUGUAAGCAUGUAUAAAAUGCCAUUUUAAUUCAGCGUUGUCUCUCUUCCUAUCGGCUGAAUACUGCCGAACAUCCAUCCAAUAUCAACUUUUGGUUGGGGUAAAGUUACUACACAUCAAACCCCGCAAACAACCGCAAAUCAAAGUCGAAGGAUAUGCAUCGUAUCCUUCUCUGCCCCCCCC